AUGCGCUCCGCUGUCAUUGUCUCCGCCCUUGCUGGCGUUGCUUUCGCCGAACACAGAUCUUUGAUCGGCCGUGAUGGUACCUGCAAGCCUCAGCCUGCCGGUUCUGGCCCUGUGGCCAGCCCAGACACCGUGGAGGGCUUCUUCGCUCUGCCUGAGCUUCAAACACUCUCAGCCAAUGCUCCUACUCCUGAUGGUUACACUGCCGCUUUCACCGGCCUGAAUGCUUCCCUCAAUGCCAACAAGUACAUGGGUCUGUGGACUCUCACCGCAUACGACACCAUUGGAUGUUCGGCAAUUUGCGACAAGACGACUGGAUGCGUGUCAUUCAACAUGUACAGCGAGCGUGACCCUACUCUCGACCCCAACCACAGCAACUGCCCCAACCCUCAGUCUCUUACCAACUACAAGUGUACACUUUGGGGCGCCGAGGUCUCUUCUUCUCAGGCCAAGAACUUUGGCCAAUGGCGUAACGAUUUCCAGGUUGUGAUCACGGGAUCUUCAGCAUUCAACAAGAUGCCGGCUCCUUCUGGAGUUGAAAACUAUGACGGUCCAACACAGCUUGGUGGGGCUAUAAAUGCUCCUCUCGACAGCCAGAAGCACGACACCUACAUGGGCGUUCGUGUCCACCCCUUCAGCAAAGACCAGGAGUACGACCCCAGCGUUUGCGCCACUGCCUGCACCUCCCAGACUGCCUACAACAAGGGCCACCCUGCCAGCGAUGGUUCAUACCAAACCUGCCGCUUCUUCAACUCGUGGAUCCAGAGCAAGGACGGCGUUGCCUACGAGCUGCACUGUGGUCUUUACAACCAGACCUGGUCCCCUCAGUACGCCACCAACUACGGCCAGUACCAGGGAAACAGCCGCAUCACUGUUUCCAGAUCUUACAGCUACACUCUUUCCGAGGUUGCUGCAUAA